CGUCAUUUUACAGCAGCAAAUUGAGCUGCUGGGAUGUCUUGGUUUUUUGCUGUGCAAUCAUGCUAAGGACACUCCAUGACCGUUUCUUCUCCUCACUUUUUUCUCCCUCUCUCUGCAAUUGCCUUUAUGGCCUUAUAAAUAAUCACAUGCCUGAUUCCUUCUCAUCUUCUCUCUCUCUCCCUCCACGUUUUCCCCACACACUCACUUUUCCUCCUACCUAUCUCUCCACUUUCCUUCCUUCCUUCCUUUCCAUAUGGACACCAAAGUACUAUCCUCAGGUGUCCCCUUCUCCCACCUCCCACAAAGCUACGUCCGGCCCGAAUCCGACCGCCCCCGCCUCGCCGACGUCGUCCACGGCCUCGACAUUCCGGUCAUCGACCUCUCCCUCGCCGACCGGUCGCAGACCGUCGCCCAGAUUGGCGACGCCUGCACCAACUUCGGCUUCUUCCAGGUGAUUGGCCACGGGGUUGGGUCGGGUGCGACGGAGGAGAUGCUGAGGGUGGCGACGGAGUUCUUCCAGCUGCCGGUGGAGGAGAAGAUGAAGCUCUACUCCGACGACCCGGCGAAGACGAUGAGGCUGUCGACGAGCUUCAACGUGAGGAAGGAGAAAGUGCAUAAUUGGAGGGAUUACUUGAGGCUCCACUGUCAUCCUCUCCCUAAGUACGCACCUGAGUGGCCUUCCAAUCCAUCUUCUUUCAGAGGGAAACGGUGAGCAAUUACUGCCAAGAGGUCCGGCAGCUAGGGUUCCGGCUGGAAGAGCUGAUCUCCGAGAGCCUAGGGCUGGAGAAGGACCACAUAAGAAAUGUGCUAGGUGAUCAAGGCCAGCACAUGGCCGUGAACUUCUACCCGCCAUGCCCACAGCCAGAGCUCACCUACGGCCUGCCGAGCCACACCGACCCGAACGCCCUGACCAUCCUGCUCCAGGACCAGCUCGUCGCCGGCCUCCAGGUCCUCAAGGACGGCAAGUGGAUCGCCGUCAACCCCCACCCGGACGCCUUCGUCAUCAACAUCGGCGACCAGAUCCAGGUACGCGCAAGCUCGAAGUUUGUACAGGUCCAACUGCAUGUCAUCCUCCGGAAGAUAUAUGAAAGACGAGGACUUGAUUAUAAUAAACCCUUUGUAAUAGUCACACGGGACUUUAAAAAGUCCUAAAACAGUACACAAAAUAUGUAGAUACAAACACUACAGUACCGUGUGACUGUUACAACGUUAGCAAUCAGGUCCUCGCCCUUCAGAUCUUCGGACGACAACAUUCAUUGAGAGCACCAAAAAAAAAAAAAAAAGAACGAACGUUAAAACUAUUUUCCUUUUGUGUAUCGUCGUGUGUUUUUUUUUUUCGAAUUCGCGCGCAGGCUCUGAGCAACGGGAGGUACAUGAGCGUGUGGCACAGGGCGAUCACGAACACGAAGACGGCCAGGCUGUCGGUCGCUUCCUUCCUGUGCCCUGAGGAUGAUGCGCUGAUCAGCUCGCCCCAGGAGCUGGCUGGAAGGGAUGGAUCUUCAGGGGCAAUUUACAGGGGAUUCACGUAUACAGAGUACUACGAGAAGUUCUGGAGCAGGAAUCUGGAUCAGGAACACUGCUUGGAACUCUUCAAGAUGAACACAAUUGAAUAAGAGUGCAGUCUUGAAUGUGUCAAGCAUAUCUGUGAUAUAUAGAACUUUGAAUCAUCUUCAGGCAAUUCGAUAAGCUUAUUAGGAGCUUCCAACUAUUAGAGAGUAUAAGCGGUUAUGGAUAUUGUAAUGGCAUAGUAUGAAUACUAUGAGGAAUUAUAGUAGUAGUAGUAAUAAUAGCAUACAUUGGUGGUCC